AUGGAUCUUCCCAAGGUGAUAACUAAGCUAGAGAUGGAGAUGGAGGAGUCGCAGAACCAGCGCGACGCACGUGUCGAAGAGCUUUGGAGGAAGCUGGACUAUCAACAUAAAGGGGAAUUGGAUUGGAAAGGGUUGCAGAAGGGGCUUAGGAGGAUCGAUCAUCCUCUGAAAAAUGCUGAUGAUAUGCUCAAGACCAUCAUCAAGGUUGUAGAUUCAAACGACGACGGCAAGAUUCAAUACGAAGAAUUUCGAGUAUUCGUCGAAGCUGCUGAGCGUCAACUCUUCGUUCUUUUCAAAUCUAUCGAUCGAGACCAAAAUGGAAAAAUAGAUAAAGAGGAGCUUCAUCAUGCUGUGCAACAUGCUGGUCUUGCGGUGCCAAUGCGACGAUUAAACGAAUUAUUCGAGAAUAUAGACCAUAAUCGUGAUGGAUUCAUCACAUACGAAGAAUGGCGGAAUUUCUUACUUUUUAUGCCCAAUACUGAUCCUACUACUACACUGCGGGCAGUUUUCACAUUUUAUUCAGACAUCCUCACUCUUAACUCUGAAGGUGACUCAGUGGUUAGUGAGGAAACCCUUCAAGGGCUAGGUACGAAUAUUCUCUACACCCUCCUUGGUUCAAUCGUGAGACUCGCAUCUCCUGGAUUACCGCCCGGCGGAGAAGAUUAUAUACCUCCGUCUUCAUCUUCAACCGAUAGUACCGAUCUACACGACCCCGAAUCGGCAACACAUACCGCUCGCGUAUCUCACCGUACGCCCAACAUGAGUGCCGCUAUGGCGCAUUCAUAUGAUCACCACACUCCCAGCAAUGACGCCGCCUCUGCUAGUGUCUUACUGGAAGCUACGCAACCGGUGAUUCCCUCGGAUGCCGUUGAAAUUGAAACUAGCUUGACUGAGAAGAGCAAAAGAUCCGUGCUGAUGAAAUACAUCCCCGAUUCAGGCUACUUUGUCGCCGGCGCUGUGGCGGGAGGCAUUUCUCGCACUGCUACUGCUCCUCUCGACCGACUGAAGGUCUACCUUCUCGUAAACACCACUUCGAACACGAAUGUUGCCGUCGAAGCAGCCAAGAAAGGCCAGCCAAUACAGGCCCUGAAGCAUGCUGGCAGACCUCUCGUCACAGCAAUCGCCGAUCUAUACAAAGCCGGAGGUGUCCGGGGAUUUUUUGCUGGUAAUGGACUUAACGUGAUAAAAAUUAUGCCCGAAACAGCAAUUAGGUUUGGAGCGUAUGAGGCCGCGAAGAAGACGCUCGCAAGCUUCGAAGGGCAUAAUGACCCUCACCAUAUCAACCCAUAUUCAAAAUUUGUUGCGGGAGGUGUAGCCGGCAUGACGGCACAGUUUUGUGUCUACCCUCUUGACACUCUUAAAUUUCGACUACAAUCGGAUUAUGUCGAAGGCGGCCCUAGAGGCAAUACUCUCCUCUUCCAGACCGCCCGCAAGAUGUGGGCAGAAGGUGGCAUGAGAGCUGCCUACCGAGGUGUAACGAUGGGGCUAGUUGGCAUGUUCCCAUAUUCCGCGAUUGACAUGGGCACGUUCGAAUUCCUUAAGACUACCUACGUUACAUAUACGGCUCGAGCCCAUAACCUCCACGAGGAAGACGCUAUGCCUAGCACCUUUGCUACGGGAAUCAUGGGAGCAACUUCGGGGGCCUUCGGUGCCUCUGUUGUAUACCCUUUGAAUGUGCUCCGUACGAGACUACAGACACAGGGCACCAGUAUGCACCCGGCGCGUUACACGGGAAUCUGGGACGUGGCGCAGAAGACGAUUAAAAACGAGGGAGUAAGGGGCCUUUACAAGGGCUUGAUGCCUAAUCUUCUGAAGGUGGCCCCAGCGCUUAGCAUCACCUGGAUGGUGUACGAAAACGCGAAGCGAAUGUUACACCUGAGCUAA